AUGCCCAGCUCGCUUUUCCUUGCCUCCUCUGGGCCGACUGUCAUCCGCGCGGACGCUUCGAAGGGCCAGCACUCUUUGCUCAGCUAUACCCCUAUGGAGCCUCCGGACAUCAGCCAGGUUGCAGAGACUCGUACCGGCUCCUCUUUCGCCAACACCAGCAGCAGCUCCAGCGGAAACAGUGGUAACAACAGCGACCCUGCCAUAUCACCCGAGGAGUCAACUGGCGAGACGUCUCUAGACUCCAAGUUUCAGCCGCCAACGUCAGGGAUGGACCAAGAAUAUCGUGCACUGGAGAAGUAUCAGGGCACUCAGCGACAUGGCAGUUCUGGGGAAUGGUACAUACCCGGCACUUGGUCGAGCCCAGGUAGUAACUUGGCCACCAUUCAAGAAUCAAGGUUUGACCAAGUCACCCCCAGUGUCGUUACGGUUGAGAGGGCGGCAGCCGCGAAGAUCUACCUCGAAACCCAUUUCAACGAACUGCUAGCAAGUGGGCCUACACCGAGAUCAAUAAGACAAAGGCUGCUGGAGGCCGACAUAUAUAAACGCAUCAGCGAGAGGAGCAUGUCGCCGGCAGAGCAGGAGUGGAUCUGGCUGCAGUUUUAUCGACGCGAGAGCGAAUACCUUCGAGAGAUGCGAGUUAUGAAGGCUCGGAGCAUUCGCGCCUUGAAUGCCAAGAGAGGGAGCCCCCUCAGCUCUUUUGUUGAUGAUUAUGAAGUGAUUGAAAUCCUUGGCAAGGGGAGUUUUGGGGUCGUACAGUUGGUACGAGAGAAGACUACCGAGAAUGGAGGUGAUCAGAAUUCGUUGUCAUUUGGCGGCGGCGAUGGCGAGCAUGGCCGAGAGAGGAAGCAAAUCUAUGCCAUGAAGGUGAUCCGGAAGUCCAAGAUGCUGCAGACGAGCCAGGAAGGUCAUAUCCGAGCCGAGCGGGACUUUCUGGUAGCCUCUGAAGGGUCAGAUUGGAUCAUCCCGCUCGUCUCCAGUUUUCAGGAUGCGACAAACCUAUACUUGGUUAUGGAAUACAUGCCAGGCGGGGACUUCCUUGCCCUGUUGGUCAGGGAGAAUAUACUGGACGAGUCGGCUGCACGCUUCUACGUGGCCGAGAUGAUCGUCUGCGUCGAGGAAGCCCAUGCACUCAAAUGCAUACACCGCGACAUCAAACCAGACAACUUCCUAAUCUCGGCUUCUGGCCAUCUGAAGAUCGGCGACUUUAGUUUAGCGUUUGACGGCCACUGGAGCCACGACCCGAGUUACUACAACAGCCACCGCUAUAGCCUGCUGCAAAAGCUAUCCAUCAAAGUCGACACGGACGAGGAGGACAAGCAUGAAGAGAAGAGGGCCCAAGGCAUCCAGUCGGCCAUCGAGAGGCAUGAAAGGAACUCGGAUGACGGGGAGCCAUUGUUGAACUGGCGGAACCGCUGCGGAAUUCGUGCGGCGGCGGAGAGCGUUGUUGGCACCAGCCAAUACAUGGCCCCUGAAGUGAUCAACCGGGAGCCCUACGACGCCAGGUGCGACUGGUGGAGCAUUGGUGUGAUUCUGUAUGACAAGACUUUCGCCUUACCUUCUGAACCAGCCGUCUCUGACAAAUGCCGGCAUCUCAUAUCCUCGCUAAUUCGGGAGAAGGAAAAACGCAUCUGCUCAAAGCGUUAUUAUCUCCAGGAUUUCUGGGCCACCUCAGCUUCCCAGCGUGGGAGACCCGGCAGGCCAAACGACAGACUUGACAUUGGCCCCAGCCGCCAGGGUCCUAGGGACUUUGCUGGACGACACGUAUUUCCCUACGAUGCCGAAGAUAUCAAGUCGCACCCAUGGUUUAACGGUUUCGAAUGGGGGCGGCUGCAUGAUAUGAAGCCGCCCUUCAUACCGCAUCUACGCUCUGUGGACGAUACACAGUACUUCGGAGAGGUGGAAGACAUGAGCGACUCGACCGACAGGAGCGAGGACUCGGGGAAUGCAUCUUCCCGAGAGCAAAAUUUGGACUUUGCGCCCUACCUCCCCACCUCGGCGAACAUGGGCCCAAUCCCACAGUUUACCAAUGCAUAUCCCGUUGCUGCCCUCACUGCAGCCGAAGCCAGGGCCCGCGCCAGAGAGCAAGAAGCACGGGCACGACUUUUGGGACUCCGACCAAGCGUGCAAGACUGGGCGAUGGCGGCCAUCGCAUCCCCUUACUACAAGUCCGACCUUAAGGCCAUGUACAAACACAUAGAGGGGCUGGCGGACCUGGGUCUAGAGGAGCGCGUGUUGCUGAAGGAUUUCGUCAGGUUCUUCGGGAAGCUGGUGCUGAAACCGCGGGACUGCCUCCUCCGGGACCCCAAAACCAAGGACAUCGUCCUCGAGCUGCGCAAGAGGACCGCCUUCCUGGGGUACACAUGGCGGCGCAUAAGGCCACUGCCGCUGCCACCGCCGCGCGGCGGGCUGGGCGGCAUGAACAGCUCGAACGCGGCCAAUCGGCUCGGCCCUCGGUUCGGCGGCGGAGAUGGCACGGCCGAGGGGGCAGGGCGUUGGGAGUUCGAUGACAGACGUCGCUGGGACGGCGGGCCGAGCAGGGGGAAUGUUGCGUCGAUGAGAGCACUGCAUAGGGGACGGCUGAAGCUGCGGCCGGGAAACAUGCGCAACCUCCUACGGUAG